AACAACGAGAGAUCGUCGCAGUGCAACGAUGCGAGCGUAUGAACACCGACUCUAGAUUUCUGGCUUGUCAUUGUGCGAAGCGAUACAGCAGAUGUCAGAUGGACCGAGAUGAAGGGAGGCGAGAGGGGAAAGAAGAGAAAUCUUCUCUUUCUUCAAAUUGCAAGUUGCUUCACGCCUAGCAAGAGACUUUGAAGCCAAGAGCACUAAGAGCACAAGCGGGCAGCAGAAUCUUUCACAGAGGCAGAUGAAGUUCGGAAGGUUUUUUUUUGCCCUACUUCGAUUGCUUCUUGGCUCAGCCAACUAACUCAUGGCACUCUGCUCUGACUUUCUGCCCAAAAAAUGCAAGAAGCUGACAGCGCUGUUGGUAACCGGGUGUUUUCUGUAUUUAAUAAUCAUAAACUCGAAUUUCCGCAACACAGACCCUCUGAUCAUAUUGGUGUGGCACUGGCCUUUCCGCGCCACUGUCAAUCUGAGCACCAACGUGUGCCUGGAUUUGUACGGGAUCGGCAACUGCAUCCUGACGCAGAACAAGUCUCUGUUUGAGCGGGCGGACGUGCUUGUCGUUCACCACUGGGAUGUCCGAGGCAGGAAUUCCGAUUUACCUCAAAAGGCGAGACCUCCCCACCAGAAGUGGCUGUGGGUCAAUUUGGAAUCACCGUCAAACACACAAAACGUCCAUCGGCUCAAUGGGCUCUUCAACUGGACCAUGACCUACAAGACCGAUUCUGACAUCUUCCUACCUUACGGAGAACUUGUGAGAAACAGCAAAACGGCCCAAUUUUCCAUCCCGAAGAAAUCUAAACCAGUGACGUGGGUGGUCAGUAACUACCACAGGAAUAACUGGCGGGCGGAAUACCAUGCCAGCCUGUCCAAGUACAUUGAGAUAGACGUAUACGGAAGGGCAAAUAAUAAGCCGAUUUCUAAGGAGAUGCUGCUUCCGACAAUCUCUCAAUACGCGUUUUACGAGGCUUUCGAAAAUUCAGUGCAUAAAGACUACAUCACUGAGAAGCUGUGGCGAAAUGCUUACUUAGCUGGUUCUGUGCCUGUCGUAUUGGGGCCACCUAGAGACAAUUACGAAAAGUUUGUGCCUUCGGACUCCUUCAUUCAUGUGAAUGACUUUGUUUCGGAAAAGGAACUGGCCAACUUUCUGACCAGUUUGUGGAAAAACCAAAGCCACUACGCGCAGUACUUCAACUGGAGAAGAAAAUACUCCAUCAAGAUGACCACAGACUGGAAAGAGAGAUUUUGUAAGAUUUGCACUAAGUUUCACAGCCUUCCUCAGUCACAGAUUUAUUACGAUUUAAAUGGCUGGUUUGAAGCAGAGUGACAUGACUUUGUCCGCCUUAUCACCGUUUGCU